AUGACAGUCAAUGGGUUGAAAGCUCCGUUGGAGCUUGAUGUGGUCACUCCUAACUCCUCCAAAACCCAAAAUGUUGACCUCGAAGGCACGAAAGACAAUGUGUUAGCAGAAGAACCCGUUCAGGAGCAACAGAGCCAACCCCGGAGCAAGUUCCGGAAGGCUAUGAUCUUGACUGCCCUCUACCUUUCCCUGUUUGUUGCUGCCUUGGACGCCACUAUCGUUGCCACAGCUGUUCCCAUUAUCACCGCCGACCUAAAAUCUGCUGGUGGUUAUAUCUGGAUUGGUGGCGCAUACCUCAUUGCCAAUGCCGCGGCCGCGCCGAUUUGGGUCAAAUUGUCAGACAUCUGGGGGCGCAAGCCGAUCUUCCUUGCCGGAAUAGCUGUGUUCUUUGCCAGUUCAGUUAUUUGUGCUGCUGCAGUGGACAUGCGGAUGCUUAUCGUUGGCCGUGCCAUUCAAGGAGCUGCUGGAGGUGGCUUGAUCUGUAUGGUCAGUGUCGCAAUAUCAGACCUCUUUAGUGUCCGCGAGCGAAGCCUCUGGCUUGGAUUUUGCGAAGGGGUUUGGGCUCUCAGUGGCGCCGUCGGGCCACUUCUUGGUGGUGCCUUUGCCGAAAAGGUUAGCUGGAGAUGGUGCUUCUACUGCAACCUGCCCAUUGCUGGUACAGCAUUCAUUCUUAUCUUCUUCUUCCUCAACGUCCACAACCCUAGAACACCGGUACUCGAGGGCGUCAAGGCUAUUGACUGGUUUGGUUGCAUCUCGAUAGUAGGGGUAGUGGUGAUGCUACUCCUAGGUCUCGACCUGGGUGGUGCUGUUUACCCUUGGGGCUCAGCCAAAGUCGUCUGCCUCCUUGUUUUCGGUGCUCUUAUGAUUUUGAUUUUCAUUUAUAGCGAGAGAAAACUUGCCAAAUAUCCGGUGAUUCCGCUGGCAUUGUUCGGAGCGAGAAACGGCGCGACUCUCAUUGUCACCUUUUUCCACGGCUUGGUCUUCAUAGCAGCAGAGUAUUAUCUGCCUCUAUAUUUCCAGAGCGUAAAAGAAGCCUCCCCGCUCCGCUCAGGUGUACUUCUCGUACCUUUGAUUGUUGCCACCGCCGUCACAGGCGUCUUAAAUGGAGUUUUCAUUCAUCGGACUGGACAAUACCGUCCCCCCAUGUGGUUGGGUACCAUUCUACUGACAAUUGGAAAUGGGCUCUACAUUAUGUUCAACCCCGACACUUCAAUUGGCGCUAUUGUAGCCUUCGAGGUCAUCGAGGGCAUAGGGUCCGGUCUGCUGUUUGAGCCGCCCCUGCUUGCAAUUCAGCAAGGUGUGGCACAAGACGACGUCGGCACUGCCACUUCCACACAGAGUUUUGUUCGCAGCAUGGCCCUCUCAUUUGGUGUCAUUAUCGGUGGUAUAGUUUUCCAACAAAGCAUGGAUUUACGUCAACCUGUUUUGCGAGACGCUGGUCUUUCCGAGUCGGUGCUCGAACACCUCUCCGGAAAGAAUGCUGGAGCAAAUGUUAUGAUUGGCCAUACUCUACCGCCGGCCCAAGAGCUUGCUGUGAAGCAAGCGUUCUCCUGGAGUAUAAGAAACAUGUUCAUCAUGUUCACAGCCUUCAGUGCUCUUGGGGUCGUUGCGAGUCUUUUCAUCAAAACCCACAAGCUAUCUAAAACUCACAUUGAAACUGUGACGGGUCUCAAAAGGGACAUUGCCAAUUCUGAUGCCUGA